AUGUUUGCUAGUGCCGUGGGUUUAGCUCUAACACAUUCAUGUCGAUUGUACAUCGACAAACUAAUAAUCGAUGAACUUUCGAUCCCUUUUGAAAUUGAUGUGUUAAAUAUGACAGUCACUGAAACAGAAUAUUUAAACGUUGUACGCUUUGUUCGACAGCUAUAUAAUUAUUGUACAUUUUUUCCUUAUUUGUUGAAACCGAAUGCUAUUAAGUAUUUAGAAUUAACUGGAUUUUGGCAAGUUCAAGGACAUUUUACCACUUACACAAAAGAAAUACAAAAACAAUUUACAUUUCGACCAUCGAUCUUGGCAAGAGUUGGUCUAUUUUUCGAAUGGCAAAUACACCUGAGAAACACAUGUUUUAACAUGACAAACUUAACUAUCAUAAAAAGUUGUAUCAUUCAGAAUACGAUGCAGACAUAUUCUAGCAAGAAUCAAACUGAUAAAACAAACCUGACACAAUUGCAGCUGAGAAAUAAAUUGAUUUUAUCAUCAUAUACAUGGAUCGGUAUUCAUAUUCGACGCGGUGAUUUUUUAUACGGACGAACGAUAUCAUCAACAAGUUUUAUAUUAGAUGCAAUGAAUCUCUUCAAUACAAAAUACAAUAAUCGAACCAUAUUCGUCAUAACAAGUGACGAAAAAUCAUAUUGUAGCAGAACAUUUACUCAUAUCUUAAAUGUCGUCGUUACACCUCAUUCAUUUACACCAGCUGAAGAUUUGGCUAUAUUGGCUGUUUGUCAAAACACCAUUGUAACAGUCGGCACAUUUGGUUGGUGGGGUGCAUAUCUGUCGGGUGGAGUAGUUAUUCAUGACGUAAAAUCACCCCAGAAUCCAACACCAAUUGAUAAUAACUGUUCAAAAGAUGCAUUUUUUCCUUCAUGGUUCUCAUUUUUGAAUAGAACUUCAUAA